AUGGGCGAUGAAUUUGGAGAUUCCUCCUUUCUAGAUGACUUUGAUGUUGAUGCAAUUGUUGCCGCGCAAAGUCAGCCGCCGCCUUUUGCGGCUUCCGCUAUUCCAGAAGCCGCCAUCAGCAGCAGCAAGGCACGUCAAGUGUCCCCCAACCAGCCUGUCACCAAGACGCCCUUUUCCUUUUCAUCAACAUCCUCGCCAACAACAACAACAAUGCCAAGCAGUAACUUCAAACGAGUCAAGUCGUCUGAUACCGCCAAUAAUUCAACUCAACGAGUGACGGACCAAGCCAUGAAGGAUGCCUUGGUCCAAUACUUUGGAUUUGACCGCUUUCGACCCGGUCAAAUGGAAGUCUUGAAAGCAUUGCUGCAAGACCAAAAAGACGUGGCGGUCUUUUGGGCUACGGGAAAUGGAAAAUCGCUCUGCUAUCAAUUGCCCGCCCUGAUUACGGGCAAGAUUUCCAUUGUGGUGUCGCCCUUGAUUAGUUUGAUGCAAGAUCAAGUGCGCAAAUUGAAUCAUUCCGUGGCCGUUGCUGUUGAUGGUGGUGGCGCUAACAACAAAAAGAUUGCCACCUAUCUAGGAAGUGCACAAAAGGAUCCUUAUGAAGAACAACGUGCCCUCCAAGGGGACUAUCUGUUUGUUUACCUAACUCCCGAAAAGUUGCUCUCCAGCAGCUUUUUGGAUUCGUUGCAAAACAAUUUGGUAUCCAAACACAAAAUUGGACUGUUUGCCUUUGACGAAGCCCACUGCGUCAGUCAAUGGGGACACGACUUUCGACCCGAAUAUCGUCAGGCCGGAAUGGCCUUGCGUCAAACCAUCCGGCAAAACAUUCCAGUCAUUGCCUUGACGGCCACGGCGGUGCCGUCCAUUCAACACGACAUUCUGGAUUCCCUCCAGCUCAACCAACCGCUGGUGGAACAACAAUCGUUGGAUCGUUCCAAUUUGCAAAUUGGUAUCCAUGUCAAGGCGUCCAGCGAAGCCUCCAAAAGUGCCAUGGAAGAAUUGAUUCAAGUGUUGAUUCAGAAUUCGUCCUCGUCCUCGUCCACUCGAUCCGCACCGGCAGCCUCAUUGUCUCUGUCUACCAUUGUCUAUGCACCAACCAAGGCCUUGGUGGAAGAAUUGGCCUCCUAUCUGGCACAACGAUUGGCCACCACCACGUUGGCAACCAGCAAGAAGUUUGCUGGCAAUAGCACUACGUCUCUGGCCAGACCAUAUCACGGAGGCAUGGAUACUAGUAUCCGCCAACAGAUUCACGAAGAUUUUUUGACGGGCCAAUUGCCCGUGGUGGUGGCCACUACCGCCUUUGGCAUGGGAAUUGACAAGCCGGACAUUCGGCAGGUCAUACACUUUGGACCGCCCAAAAAUGUGGAAGAGUACUACCAGCAGAUUGGACGAGCGGGACGGGAUGGAAAACCGUCCAAAGUCAAAAUGUACUAUUCGCCGGCGGAUUUUGACAAGUAUCUGGGCGACUUUUACAUCGGAAAGUUGCAAGGAAAAGCCAAAAUCAAUGCCGUUGCUUCCACCAACGCACUCAAGAAGUUCUGCCUCGAUUCUCAGACUUGCCGUCGCAAGGGUCUCUUGGACUUUUUCCAAGAAAAGGCACCCUUUGGAGAACGAUGUGGUACCUGUGAUACCUGUCUGGCCCAAACGGCCUACGGAAGCGAUGCCACUCGUGACUUUGGUAAACUCGCCCGAUUCAUCCUAUGUGGGAUCACGUGCUUGAAGCAGCCAGCCAUGACGACUCUGCUCUCUGUGCUGAACGCAAAAACGGUCGAAGACUAUCGGUACAGUCGAAAGGUGGAUGGCAACCAUUUCAAACAAGUCCGCGAAUCUAUUGUUUCCGAGAUGAAGAUCAAGAUCAACGAUGAUCUCCUCAAGGAAGUACUCCUUAGCCUUGUUUCCUCCAACCAUGUCCAGACGGGUAUCAAAAAAUAUUCGGCAGGAGGGUUUGAUCGUUCGUCAACUUUUUACACUCUCAGUGCAAAAGGAAACAAAGCACUAGUGGCGACGACAGAAUCCAUCUUGUUGCCCGUUCCCAAAAUCAUUCGUCAACAGGAAGAGCGCCAAGCCAAGAAACGCCAAGAACUCCAAGAGAAACUGGCUAAAAAGGGUAUGCACGUCCCACAAGACGAAUUGGAAGACGUGGAUGGGCCAACUGUCCGAGCCUACAGCACUUGGUUCAAUUCGUUGGAGCGAAAGGAAGCACAGGGACAAGACGUUGCUAUUUACGACGAAUUGUUGCAACUGAUUGAAAGCUGGAGAUCUCACACGGCCAUUCAACAACGCAUGGCUCCGGCGGCGGUCAUGGCGGAGCAUCUAAUGUUCUCGGUUGCCUACAUGACCUCGAGCUUGCUUCCAGGAUGUCAAGUGGAAGUGCCUGCUCUUGUGGCAGUCGGAGUGCGAUCGAGUACGGUUCACGAACUGGCGGAUAUCCUGAACGACUGGGUGAGACGGAACAAGCCACACACACAGUCAACGUCUUCCGGUGCCGACCUUAUUGACUUGCCAAUGGUUCCUCCUGUUGGUCUUGUCAAGAUGCCCAAAUGGAAGUUUGCCGUCUACAAGGCAGCAAAAAAAACGGGGGAACCGGCAUGGAUGUCAUCCUAUGUGCGCUUUAUGAAAGACGGGGAAACCACUCAAGAAAUCGCCAUGACAAAGCGCAACCGACCAAUUCAAGCUGUCACUGUGGUGGGUCACUUGCAAGAUGCCAUCCAACUUGGAUAUCCCAUGGACUUGGAACGCCUGCUACCAAAUAGCAAUGCGCCAACCAAACAACAGUGGGACCGUUUGGAAGAAUCGAUUGCCAGCCGGGGGUUGAGCGUAGUUGGGAAUCCAGAGACUUCCGGGGUCGAUGGGGCCAAAUUCUUGAUGACGGAUUGUCUUCGAGGUAUUGUGGGGGAUGAGCUUUGCGAUAAGACAUUCAAGGAUCGUAGUCCCGAAGAAGCGGAACAGAUUCGUUUCUGGAUGAACCAUUUGAAAUGGUACAUGUGCUUGAAACGCGUUGGCUUUGUCCCAUCGUUUGGGAAUACUUCCGGCGGCAUCCAAUUGGCUCCCGAUGCCUCCGAAUACACCGUGCCGACUACCAUGGAUGAUGACAAAGCAAUGACUGAGAAGAUUGGUACAAACAAGUGGGUCCUGCCAGUAAAUUCGACGUAG